AUGCGCCCGUUAAGAAACGCCUCGAGCCGACCUCUACAUACCAGUUCAUUCAAUCUUGUUGUGGACGGGACCGCAACGGAGAAAGACUACGCGAACAGCACCGUGAGCUUAGACACCCAAGCUGGCUCGUUGAAGAGCGUCAAAACCAGCUUGAGUGUUUCGGGCACAAUUUAUGAUCCAACAGAUGCUACUGUUGGGAUCCUCUACUCCUGGGAUGGCCGCGGAUUCGAUAUGCAGGAAACCUUCGCCGUAGCAUCAGAUGGUUUGGCCACUUCGGCGCAGUACAACGUAGAUGCGACCUGCGACGUUAUUCAUGGUAUCGUUCACACAAGUGCAGGCUUGGGACCUUUGCAAUUGAGAUGUGGUCUCCUGAUGAAGGCUUACAAGCUACUAACUCUCAGGGUGAUGCUCAGACAGAAGAGGUUUCAAGAUAUGAAGUUUCUACUCGAAUUGAAUGAGAUGAGAAUCGGAGAAGGAUAUGUCUUCAAAAUAUCCCUACUCUCCUUGGGCAAUGGCACAGAGGGGAUAGCGGUGGCGAAGUGA